CUAGGCAAUUUUUGGAGUACAGAGAGAUAGAGAGAAAAAAUAAAGAGGGCUCAUGUAAUGUAGGAGAGAUAGAGAGAAUUUAUUAAUUAAAAGGAAAUUGAUGCAAAUAUUGUUAGUGAUAUGCAGAUACCAUUAAUAAGAUACAAAGCAAUGUAGUGGAUUAGUAGAAUUCAUUUUGUUUUGUUUUGUGGCAUUGAAAAUAGGGGGGUAUUGCAAUUAGAACCUGAGAUCAGUGUCAAAUUCAGGAAUUACUGUACAGCAAUUAGAACCUGAGAUCAGUGUCAAAUUCACAGAAUUUUAAGCAGAACAAAUAUUGAACAGAGCCUCUCAUUUUACAGACCAAAAAACAUCUUCUGAACUGCAGCUUCGGAGAAUUUAAUAUGUUUUCUUUUUACAGUAAAUGACAUAAACAGGAAUCAUCAAUAUCCUGUGCGCAUUGUUGAGAUAGCUUGAUCUGCACCAAAGUAAUAUGGCUGAUGCACCUGUUAACUUUAAGAGACCAUCAAGUAGAGGGCGGAAAUCAAAGCGAAUAAGUGAUUUGAUAUCAAAUCAUAAUUCUUCUAGUCAAGCAGAACAGUCAAAGUCCAAAAAGGCAAAAUCAAGACCUUCAAAAUAUACUGUACUUGAAAAAAGACCCGUGUCUCUUAGAGUUCCACCAUCAAAUGCACAGAGUUCAAAGCAGCUAAGGGAUGCUGCUAAAAAUCAAAGGGUGUAUAAUGCUCCCACUUCAGAUGAAGUUGCGGUUAUCUGGCCUGAUAGUGUUUCAUCAAGUCAGAGUUCAUGGCCACAUGUUCUUGUGACAGCAAAAUCUGCUAAAUCCCAUCGGAUUGCCCAUUUUUAUGGGUGCUAUGACCCUUUACAGUAUCCCCUGCUAUUUCCAAGAGGUGAAUGUGGUUGGCAUCAGGGUCUAAAAAAAAAUUCUUAUGGUGGAGAUAGGCAAGUGGCAGCAGAACCUGAUCCUAUUCAAUCAUGUACAGUGAACACUCCGGCAGAUUUUCUGGAUGCAGAAGCUGCUCGAGCUUCCGGAAGACAUACGAAAGCUGAUAAGAAUAUCUCUGCAAGGGAGUACUAUGCUUAUAAGCUUCAAAUUAGACCAGGAAACAUGCUCUUAAGAGCAGGCCGUGCAUUUCUGCAAUACAUCACAGAUAUGUAUAUCAAGGUUGAAAAUACAAGGUUAGAUUUUUUCCGGCAAAAUCAAGAUACAAUAAGAGCAGAUCUUUAUAAGGGUAUUCUUGACACAGUAGAGAGUGGAUAGACAAGUGCAGCUAAUGUUGGUCAUAAAUUCAUUUUACCACCAUCAUUUAUAGGAGGCCCUCGUGAUAUGAAAAGGAGAUAUCUGAAUGCAAUGGCUCUUGUGCAGAAAUACGGGAAGCCAGAUCUCUUCGUCACUAUGACAUGCAAUGCAAAUUGGCCAGAGAUAAAAGCCGAACUAGAGUCCGGUGAGACUGCCCAAGACCGACCUGAUUUAGUUGCUCGUAUAUUUCGGGCGAAGUUGAUUGCUCUGAAACAAAAAAUCAAGAAAGACAUGGUAUUUGGAAAAGUGGCAGCGAUGAUAUAUGUUGUAGAAUUUCAGAAAAGAGGAUUGCCGCAUGUUCAUUUCUUGUUGAUUCUAGAACAGCAGCAUAAGAUGAAAUCUCCUGCUGAUUAUGAUAGGUAUGUUUGUGCAGAGAUACCUCCUGUUACUCAGCCUGAACUGCGUAAGAUUGUAUUAAGGCAUAUGAUGCAUGGACCAUGUGGCCAAUUAAAUCCAGAGUGCCCUUGUAUGAGAAAGAAGGAUAAUGUCUUUUCUUGUAAAAAUGGAUAUCCAAAACAAUUCACCGCACAAACAACGACAAAUAAAGAUGGUUAUCC